AUGGAAUGGCAGCUUGAUGAUUUAAGUAUUAUCAAGGAUAUUAUUAAAAAACUUGUAUCAAAAGUUUGUCGUUUAGAUCAUGAACGAAAAAGACAAUUACAAAUUCGAAAGGAUAAAAAAAGAUCAUGGAACAGUCAUAGUAAUGAAACAUCAACGUCAAAAUUACCAUUUAUGAAAAUUGUAAAUUUAACAUCGGGUAAAUUAUCAACUAGAUUAGCACAAAAAGGUACUAAAGGGCCACUUCAUUGUGUGCCAUCAGAUGUACAAGAUACUGUAACUGCAUUAUCUCGUCCAGUUGAUAAAUCUAUGAUGGUGCGAUUACAAUUGAAACGUCGACUAAAUGAGUCAAUAAUUGAAUCGAUGGAUGUUGAUACCAAUAAAGAAGAAAAUUUACUUGAAGAAACAGAAAUAUCUGAUAAAAAUCGUUUGAAAGCAUUAGCAUUAUGUGACAUUGAAAAUAAUACUAAUAGUGAUGAAGAAUUAGAUGAAGAUAAUAAAGAUAUUCGUACUAAAUAUAAUAUUGUAGCACCAGCAGAAAAAAAUAAAUUGAGUUCAUUAUUGACUGAUAAAACAAUUGAAGCAUUAGCCUUUCCUCAUUUAUUUCCAGAUGGGCGAAGCCCAUAUGAUGAAGAACGUGAAAUAAGUCUGAAAUGGAAAGAAUAUUGUAAAGCACGUUUAUUUUCAUCAGAUUUUCGGUUUGCUGCUGAUUCAAGUUACAUCUUUUAUCUACAGUAUUUAGGCGACUUGAAACAAGUAUACUCCGAAAUCAAUAUUGCUUUCCGAAAAAAAUUACCAAUGACUGCUAAACCAAGCUUGGACGAAGGGCAAAUGAAAUUUCUAAUGAAUAAAGAUAUGAUAUAUUGCCAUUUGCAAUGUGUCUCAGGCAGUCCAUAG